GGCUGAUCGAGACCGGCUCCGGCUCCGGCUUCGACUUCCCGCGCUGCGGAAGAUGAUCGCGUCCCACCUGCUCGCCUAUUUCUUCACUGAGCUCAGCCAUGACCAAGGGCAGAAGAUUGACAAAUACCUAUAUCACAUGCGACUCUCCGAUGAAACGCUCCAGGAGGUGUCUGAGCGCUUCCGAAAGGAGAUGGAGAAGGGUCUCGGAGCAGACACCAACCCCACAGCAUCGGUGAAAAUGUUGCCCUCAUUUGUGAGAUCCACCCCAGACGGAACAGAGAAUGGAGACUUCUUGGCUUUGGAUCUUGGCGGUACGAACUUCCGUGUGCUGAGAGUGAAGGUGUCUGAUAAUGGCCUGCGGAAGGUAGAAAUGGAGAAUCAGAUCUAUGCCAUUCCAGAGGAUCUCAUGCGUGGGAGCGGGGUACAGCUGUUUGAUCAUAUUGCUGAAUGCCUGGCUAACUUCAUGGAAAAGCUGAACAUGAAGGACAAGAAGCUGCCCCUUGGAUUCACCUUCUCUUUUCCUUGCCACCAAACCAAACUGGAUGAGAGUAUCCUCGUUACAUGGACUAAAGGGUUCAAAUCCAGUGGCGUGGAGGGGAAAGACGUGGUUGCCAUGAUACGUAAAGCCAUCAAGAAACGAGGGGACUUCGACAUCGACCUGGUCGCUGUGGUGAAUGACACCGUAGGGACGAUGAUGACCUGCGGCUAUGACGAUCACAACUGCGAAGUUGGGCUCAUUGUUGGUACUGGUACCAAUGCAUGCUAUAUGGAGGAGAUGCGGCACAUUGACUUGGUGGAAGGGGACGAAGGGCGGAUGUGCAUAAACAUGGAAUGGGGAGCCUUCGGAGAUGAUGGCGUGCUGAACGACAUCAGGACAGAGUUUGACCGUGAGAUCGACAUGGGUUCACUCAAUCCAGGGAAACAACUGUUUGAAAAGAUGAUCAGUGGCAUGUACAUGGGAGAGCUGGUCAGGCUCAUCCUGGUGAAGAUGGCCAAGGAGGAGUUGCUGUUCGGUGGAAGGCUCACCCCAAGCUUGCUCACCACAGGACACUUCGAGACCGGAUAUGUGUCUGCUAUUGAAAAGGAGAAGGAAGGACUACAAAAAGCCCACGAGAUCUUGACCAAGCUCGGGCUGGACCCAUCUGCAGAAGACUGCAUAGCCACCCAGCAUAUCUGCCAGAUUGUCUCCACCCGCUCGGCGAACCUCUGUGGUGCUACUCUGGCCGCAGUGCUGCGCCGGAUCAAGGAGAACAAAGGAGUCGACAGGCUGCGCUCCACCAUUGGCGUGGAUGGCUCGGUGUACAAGAAGCACCCCCAUUUUGCUCGACGCCUUCAGAAGACGGUGCGGAAGCUGCUGCCAGACUGCGACAUCCGAUUCGUUCGAUCGGAAGAUGGGAGCGGCAAAGGGGCCGCUAUGGUCACGGCAGUGGCCUACAGGCUAGCAGCCCAGCAUAAGGCAAGGCAGAAGACCCUGGAAGCCCUGAAGCUGAGCCAUGAGCAGCUGCUGGAGGUGAAGAAUAGGAUGAGGAUAGAGAUGGAGAGGGGACUGAGCAAAACAUCGCACCCAGAUGCCACUGUGAAAAUGCUUCCCACUUACGUGUGCGCCACUCCAGAUGGAACAGAAAAAGGAGACUUCCUGGCCUUGGAUCUUGGGGGAACAAAUUUCCGUGUGCUGUUGGUGCGUGUGCGGAACGGGAUUAGGCGUGGUGUUGAGAUGCACAAUAAGAUCUACUCAAUCCCGCAGGAGAUCAUGCAGGGGACAGGAGAGGAGCUGUUCGAUCACAUCGUCCACUGCAUUUCGGACUUCCUGGAAUACAUGGGAAUGAAGGGCGUGUCUCUUCCCCUGGGAUUCACCUUCUCUUUCCCUUGCCAACAGAAUAACCUUGAUGAGGGGAUACUCCUGAAAUGGACUAAAGGGUUCAAAGCUACUGGCUGUGAAGGAGAAGAUGUGGUGAACCUGCUGAAAGAAGCCAUACAUAGGAGAGAGGAGUUUGAUCUGGAUGUGGUAGCAGUGGUGAAUGACACAGUAGGCACCAUGAUGACCUGUGGUUAUGAAGAUCCUUAUUGUGAAGUCGGGCUCAUCGUUGGCACGGGCAGCAACGCCUGCUACAUGGAGGAGAUGAGGAACGUGGAGCUGGUGGAGGGUGAAGAGGGCAGAAUGUGCAUUAACAUGGAGUGGGGGGCAUUCGGGGACAACGGCUGCUUGGAUGACUUCCAGACAGAAUUUGAUGUGGCGGUGGACGAACUGUCUCUUAAUGCUGGGAAACAAAGGUUUGAGAAAAUGAUCAGCGGGAUGUACCUGGGCGAGAUUGUCCGAAACAUCCUGAUCGACUUCACCAAGCGGGGGCUGCUGUUCCGGGGGCGGAUCUCCGAAAGGCUGAAGACCAGGGGGAUAUUCGAGACGAAGUUCCUGUCUCAAAUUGAGAGCGAUUGCCUAGCCCUGCUCCAGGUCCGCUCCAUCCUUCAGCACCUAGGCCUGGAGAGCACAUGUGAUGACAGUAUCAUUGUGAAGGAGGUGUGCACCGUGGUAGCCAGGCGUGCUGCUCAGCUCUGUGGCGCUGGUAUGGCAGCGGUGGUGGAUAAAAUCCGGGAGAACCGCAAGCUGGACUUCCUUAAGGUCACAGUUGGUGUGGACGGGACACUCUACAAACUGCAUCCUCACUUCUCCUCCAUCAUGCAUGAAACGGUGAAGCAGCUGACCCCGAAGUGCGAAGUGACCUUCCUCCAGUCAGAAGAUGGCAGCGGCAAAGGGGCAGCACUCAUUACAGCAGUGGCGUGCCGGAUCCGGGAGGCCGGGCAGCGAUAAGAGGGGUCGUUAGGAAGGCUUGGAUUUAACAGAGCAAAACCAGCGGAACCUUUUCCACCCUCCAACACACACACCUUCUCGUGCUCCUCAACAUGCAGCUUUUUAGCUUUACUUGUUCUAUCAAGAUACUGAGACCUGAGGUGCCGUGUGUUCGAAGUUAUUUUCUUAGGAGUUCUAUUGCAUGCCAUCAAACUACUUAUCGAGUACAGCUAAAAGUGUCAUCAGAGAGUGUAGCUACGUUUCCAGUCAAACCCCUUUUUGUUUCACCACAGCCUAUUUAAAAUACUAAACCUCCCUCCCCAGCCACAAUGGCGUUUGUUCUGUAGCAGUAGAAGGAUAAUGCCAGAGCAAUUAAGACACUGCGUUGUCACUUCGAUAGUAAACAAUACCUAUUUGUAGAUGUCCAAGUCUUAACAUAAACACAGUAGAAAGCAAAACCUCUUUUAAGAUUGGAUUAAAGACCACCACUAGUCUUUUACCCUGAUCAAGGCUGUGUUAUUUCCAUGAAAGUCAUGGUAACGCUCUUAAAAGCACAGGGUGCAGCAUUUAAACCAAUGCAUUUGAAUCUGCGCCGAAGGAUACAAAGUGUCCGUAUGGAGUGGUGAGUAAUAUUAAAGUACCUGCUGGAUCAAGUUAAAGGUGCUUCUUUAAUUCGACCAGCAGAGCAUGUGCCUGGAAAUACUUGGGGACUCAGGGUGUAGUCCCAUUUCCCAGCUUCUCCUCUAUUAAUUAAAUGUAGUACUUGACAUGUGUAGCCAAUGGGGACCCCUACUGGCGCAUGAGUGCAUAGAAAAAAACAUCGCUGAAAUGAAUGGUUUCUCUUCCACAACCGUUUCAACACUGUGCCCUCAAUUGAUGUGGUGAGUUUGGUUUUAUUUUUGUCUGUGAACUAGCUCUGUAUCUUUAUUUGUAAAAACCCCAUAGGUCACGUCUGGAUUUAUGCACUGUAUUUAUGUUUCGAGAGAUCUUACGUCUUUUAUGUAUAUAGUCAUGAAUGGGGGAUUGUUAUUGACUAGUUUUAAUGUGGUUUGAGAGACUAGUGCAGAAUGCUCUUUUAUUAUUUAAAAUAGCUGUCUGGGAGCAGACUGGAAGGACUGAAAUUUCUGAGGAUAGAUGUAUGGAAGGCGUGCAGUCAUUUCAGGUCUUGUAUCAUCAGGGGAAAUGGAAGUAUGAAGGCCAUGUAUUCAGCGCACUAAAAGAAAUAGCGGCGGCCAGGGAACAAAUGAAUUGGUUAGUUCAGAGUCUAAUCCUGCUCGUUCUGACUCACGAGUAAUCAAGCAGGCCCCCAUUGAGACACGGUCCUAAUUCUGCUUACACUGAAGUCAGUGACAAAAUCCCCAUUGACUUUAGCAGUGCCGGAGUAGGUCCUUGGUUUACUCACUGGAAUAAACCAAGAUUAGGCUUUAGCUGUUUCUAAUCUAAAGGGUUAAACAUUUUAUUCUGCAAAUAUACGUUAUUCUUCACCACCACCUCCAGCUCCCAUUGAAAGCAACUGGAGUUUUACUGUUGACUUCAACAGAAGUAGGGGUUCAGGCGUGAAUUUCUCACGAUAUUCAGUCCCAGUCCUGCAAACAGGCACCGUGUUUUGCUUGAAGCACGAGAGUAACCACAGCUGUUGAUGGCAGCACUCACCUGCUUAUAGUUAAACACGUGUGGGUGCAGAAGCUCAGCGGCAAAGAAAUAAGUGUAAUUUUGUGACCCCCAAAUGUCAAAAUCCUUCUGGUUUUCCAAAUCGGCAUCCUCAAAGCUAACAGCAGGUUUGCUCUGUGCAGCAGAACUCUCCUCACCACUUUGCUUUUUAUGAUAAAGAGUUAAUAAUUUUGCCAACAGAAAACUGUGCAGACCAAUUAAAUUCUGCAAUUUGUUGUUUCCCAAACCAGCAAAUUCACACACAAAAUUAUGCAGGGGUGGGUGAUGAAUCGCAUAAACUUUUUUGUAAAUAUUUAACAUGAGGUAACACAUGUCUGGUGAUAUACACAUAAAAACCUCAACCUGACCAUCAGUUUCGAGGGCUAUAGAAUUUUUGUGUGGGGGUGGGUUUUUUUUGUAUAUUUUUAUACUGCUUGGGAUAACAUCUUUACCAAAAGAAUCUCUAUGUGGCUGUCAAUUCCAAUAGCACCAUUUUAAAGCACACCACACGUGUCUCUUGGCAUUUUAAACGCUUAUAUAUUUUUUAUAAGCCACAAGAUUACUAUAUAAAAUAAAUGGAAAAAUCAAAAAUGAUGUGUACAGAAAUAAUGUAAGAGAAUCAUCCAGUUUAGAAACUUUAGAUGAAUUUAAAUAAAUUAUCUUUUUUAAAAAAAAAUAACAGAAAAACCAUCUAAUCCAAUACCAAGCAGUUGUGUGUGAUUCUUUUACUGGGAUUACUAGUAUUUGCCUACUGAUCAAGGCAUUUUUUGCUUUGAUUAUAUCUACUGUACAGUGAAGAGGGUUACAGUCAGGGGGUAUAUUUAUAAACUUGAAGACAAGGGAUUAUCCAGCAGUGUACCUCUUUUUGAAAUGCACUCUAUUUCACCAGUAGUGAAUGAGUUCACUUGUACCACUUGUACCACAGAUGCUUUCUUUGCAAUCAAUGACACAGUGGGUGCCAGGGCAAUCCCUUUUUGUAGCUGAUUCGGGUUCUGGUUCAGCAAAGCACUUGGGCAUAUGACUUAAGGGGUUAUAAGCAUACGCUUAAACUUAAGUGUCUGUUUAAGUGCUCUGCUGAUUCUGGGGCUUGACAAUGUUGGCUUCUCCCUUUCCUUGCAGUAUAGUGGGUUACGACUGUGCAAAUAGUUUAAUUCUCAUCUGAAGAGUUGCAUUGACAUGAGUGGAUUGACUUGCAUGAAUAAGGGGUUUCUAGGUGGAACCAGUCCCUGCCCAUAGUCCUUCACCCAUUGCUUAUGGGCCCAUCCCAAUGCCCACUGAAGCGAAUGGGAGUCCUUUCACUGAUUUCUUUUUUUUAAAAUGGGCAUUAGAUGAAGUGCUUUGCAGAGCUAGGCCCUGAAGUAGGUGCAUGGGAGCAAUCGCAUGAUGUCAGUGGGACUACUCAUGCACUUCAAGCUAAGUAGGUGCCAGUGUUGGAUCUGGGCCUUGGUGAGUAGUCCCAUUGCGGUCAAGAGCACUUAACUGGGUGAGCAAGGAAAGCUACAUUAGGCUCUCUGAAUCAGGGUCAGAUCUGGGAUUGCUGAGCACCCUUAAUUCCCAUUGACUUUGGGAGUGGAAGCCUUCUCGGCACAUUUGCUCUCUUGCAAAUGUAACAGGCUUAAUGGCGGCAGGAUAAGUUACCAGGAGCUCACAAUUGUUUUCAAGCUUUCUUGUCUUGACAAGUGUGUAGUUAUGUGGCUCCCGGAAUUUCUCCCCAGCUUAGGCUCAAAUGAGAUUUGCAAAGAGGUGGACGCUCUUGAGUGCGAAAAGAAAGCCUUUCCAUGUGGGAAGUAUUGUUUUAAAAUCUCUAUGCUACCAAGUUGUGGGAACCAGAUCCAAACUUUCUCAACGUUCGGCGGGAAUUCCCAUCCGAGUUUUGGGUUUGCCCAGUUACAAAGCAAUGGACUAAUUGCAAAGGCUGUCUCUGAGCUUUCCCAAAAUUUCAAUCUGGGGUGGAUAGUUCAGGGCCCAUCUCUCUUAAAAACACUGCCUCUUGCUCACCUCCUUGUACAGCUUCUUAGGGAUGCACUGGGUAAACUUGAAUUAAGCUGCAGCAGAGGCUCCUGCCCUCUUUUCAUGCCCACUUUGACUCAGAUGCAAACCAGAAUCCAGUGUGUUCCCAGUUCACCUGAAACAAAAAUUAUACUUGAAACAUACAGAUCAUCUCCAGACCAUGUAACUGAAAAUACAUCUUCAGCAUAUGGCUCAGUUGUGUCUAUGCAGAAUGUUUCCUCUGUUCGCUUUAAGAGUACAGUUUGUGCACUUUUCUGUAUCAAAAGAGAAAGCAUCAGUACACGCAGAAAGCUGCUGCUGUCUUACCAUUCCUUCCAGCUUAGGAGUUAGGAGAACUACAUUAAGAAUUUAUAGCUGAUGGCAGGUUGUGAAUGCAGCUUUUUCAGGAGGACGUUGUUCUUGGUUCAGAAACUGGCCAAUGUGAAAUGGAACUGAGACACAUCAUAAAGCGGGAUUGUAACUUCUAAACCAGAAAUUACAAUGAGAUGUUAUAUUAACGUGUGUCAAAAUAAGAAAGGAAGAUCAGAUCAUGUAGACGGGCAUUGAUUCUCAACACUGCUCUGUCUUUCCUCCACUAAGGAAAUUUUGCAACACUUUUCAGGGUGGCUUAUUUUUUGUUCCCAUUAAGAUGCAUUUUCUUUCUUCCCUUUGAUGUAAGGUUUAUUUCUUCUCCAGAAAGACAGGGAUUCAUCUUUUAGCAGGCCGGCACCUAUUUUUCUCCCUGAUGUUAGUUGUCAGGUGUAAGAGAGAAUCAUUCUUUCUACCUUACAACUUAUUCACUUGGCUGUUACCUUGGAUGAGAUUUUUUUUAUUUGACAAACUAUAAAAUAUUGUGCAUGGUAGGAAGAACCUUAACAUGCACAUCUCCAAGCAGAAUGAGCUAGGCCAGUGCAAAUUAUAGUGAAAUCUGCCUUUAAGCAAUACAGAUGAUCUAAUAAGUCUCUAAUUAGCAGUAGAAUACUUCAGAGGCAACAUAGUCCAGUGGAUCAUAGGACUCAGAAAACCUGGGUUGUAGUCCCAGUUCUUCCACUGAUUCUCUGCAUAACCUUUUCUCAGAUAUAUUGAAUAUCUCCACAACCCCAACUGAACUCAGCAGCUUUGUGGAUGUUCAGUUCCACUAAAAAUUAGAGUAUUUAAAAAUAAAAGUGCCUCGGUUUCCCCAUCUGUAAAAUGGGGAUAAUAAUGCAUAUCCUACUGCAAAACACUUUGAGAUCUAUGGGAGGAGACUGCUAUGAAAGAGAAUUAUUGUUCCUUAUUGCUUUAAAGCCAUCAUUAAAGAUGGAGUGUUACCUUCUGGAGGUGGCCCUGUGUUGCAAGAUUCAUAGUAUAUUUCAAAUAGAGAGGUUAUUUCACAGACUUCCUGUAAAAUGUGAGCUAGUCCUAGAGACAGUCUGGACUCUUUUUUUUUUAUUGGCCUGAAACAAAGAAAAGUGCAUCUUAAUGAGCUCUUCAGAAUGGGCUUCUUAGGAGGCCGGAGGAGAUUUGAUUUAAAGCCAAAGAUCGUUCAGCUAUUAGCAGCAAUGAUUGACUGUAGAUUUCAACUGUUCUGUUAUUUUUGUGUUUACAAUAUUUAUUUUUAGUAAUUCAUUGCCGUACAUAGGAUUCCUUAUUUUUGUACUUUUCAUACCAUUUUUCUUAGUGUGGUAUUGUACUUCCAGCUUCCCCAUGGCACGAUGAUUAUUCCUACAAAUAAAAACUGUUCCCCAAGGCACAACUUUA